AUUUGGUGAAAGUCCCACUAAGGCUCUAGAUUAUGCCAUUUGGACUAUCAAAUCCUUCGAGAGGUGCCAAGUCAAAGCCCAACCUAGCUUGUAUCUUAUCAUGAGUUUGCACAUACUCGUUGCAAUCUAUUACAGCUUGGGUUUUGAUCAGGUUAUGCUAGUUUUGAAGGGCAGACGCACAGUCCGCGAGGCUACAGGGCAACAGCAAGGUGGGCAUGAGGAUGCUGGAGGUAAUGCUGAGCGGGGCAAUCGUGUUACCGGUGAAGAAGAGGGUGGUGACCAGGGCAGGCGCGGAGGCAGGGGCAGACGCACAGUCCGCGAGGCUACAGGGCAACAGCAAGGGCAAAAGUGCUGUUUGUGUCACGUAGCACGUGUGCCCUGUGUGGAAGGGCAAUGCCCAUUCCGUCCUGUAUUGGGUGAAAGGACGCAAUAUAACUCUCAGAGUGCAAGGAUUUUAGUGCAGUAUCACAAAGGAAGAAGCACCAUUGCUGAGAGGCUAUUACAAGGGAACCAAGCACGAGCUGAGGCUAAUCCAAUUUUAUGCACUAUUUUCAACCGAGCAUUGAUUAGCUUACUCACUCAUGGAGAACCCAUGGAGACAUCUUCUUUUGAUAUGGUGGAUUCAAUAGAUGCAGAGGAAAAUUGGACUGGUAGCAGAAGUUUAGGAAAAACUAUUUUGUUCACAUUUAUCAAAGAGAAGGGGGAGGGGAAUUGUAAACCUCACCCAGUUAGUUGGGAGGUGGUUUGCUCUGAGAAAAAAUAUGGGGGGCUUGGAUUAAGGUCUGCUUGGGAUAAUAAUCAAGCUUUUAUUGCUAAGCUUGGUUGGCGCAUCGGAAAAGGAGACAAUGCCUUGUGGUGUAGGGUGAUGCAAGCUAAAUAUUUGCGUGGUAGAAAUUUCAUGGAGGCAGGCAACAUGGUUGGGGCCUCUUUUAUUUGGAGGGGAAUUGUAAAGUGUCGUUCAGUACUUCAACAGGGUGUGCGUUGGCGAAUAGGCUCUGGAGAGAAGGUAUGUUUUUGGCAGGAUGCUUGGGUAGGAGAUGCCCCACUUAUUAGCUCUAGUAAUGAGCCUCAUGCUCUCCCCUCUUUGUUGGUAUCGGAAACCAUUAAUCCAGACAGGGACUGGAAUCUUGAACUCUUGCAUGAAUUAGUUCCAGCAGAGAUAGUGGAGAAGAUAAGAGCAAUUCCACUAUCUCGGAACUCACAGCUCGAAGAUGGCGAUUUCUGGGCCAGUUCAAUGGAUGGUUUAUUUACUGUCAAGUCUGCUUAUCAGCUUUUACAAGCUCCAAGGAAUUUUGCAUACCACUCAACUGAUUCAUGGAAUUGGAUUUGGAAGUUACAUUGUGCUGAGAGGAUUCGAUUGUUUGUAUGGCUCUUGGUGAGAGGGAGAGUACUAACAAAUUCUGUGCGUUUUGCACGUCAUAUGGCUCCCUCACCUCUUUGUCCGAGAUGUGAAUCCUCAAAUGAGACACCUAUUCAUUUGCUGCGAGACUGCUUUUAUGCUAAAACUGUUUGGAGUUUGCUUGGUUUUGCAAUGUCUGAAUUUUUUACUCUUGACUCCUUUCCCUGGCCCAAAAAAUUUUCAACUAUAUCAAGAGCUUUCAGACAGGCUGAGGUCUCCAGGGCGAUAUUGUUCUUAUCUGCUAUUUGGCUUAUUUGGAAGGAUCGCAAUGCUUUGGUCUUUUGGAACCAUCGGUCUCGACCGCAAGAGCUCUGUGUUACAAUCUGGCAGUAUGCAAAAUACACUGAGAUAGCAAUGAGCUCUUCUUCUCCAGUUAAGUCACGAUUGCCCCGAUGGGUACGUUGGAUGCCGCCUAUGGAGGGCUGGUACAAGCUUAACUCAGAUGGCUCUUUCAAUGUUACUAGCAAUUCGGGACUCAAGCUAUGCAAAUCACUUGGAAUUGCUCGUGUUGUGGCUGAGAUGGAUUCACUUGUGGCAGUCAGAUUCAUAAUUGAGAAAAGAGAACCAGAUAAUUUGUCUGCGGCUAUUUUGAUGGAUAUUAGAAGUCUAAUGUCUGAAUUUGAGGAAUGCAUACUGCAACAUGUUCUUCGGGAGGGGAAUGCUGCUGCCGAUUUCUUAGCGCCCCUUGGGCAUUCUUCACCACCGGGUAGAAGUUUGUUGGAUUCUCCACCGACUGGCUUGUAGCCAAUCCUUACAGGGGACCAGCUGGGGGUUUCUUUCCUUCGUUUCUAGUUUCUUGUUUUAGUAUAGUUUAAUUUCCUCUGAUGUAACAAAAAAAAAUAAUAAUAAUAAUGUAAAGAUUAAAACAAUUAAAGUAUC